CUCAGCUCGGCUCGUGGCUGGUGUUGAUUUCCUACAGUAUUAUUUUCGGACCCGAGAACAGGAAAGAUGAGUCCAAGUGAUAUGUUGGAUGACGUUUUUUUCUGUGGGUUGUGAUGUUGUCUGGAAGAAGGGGAUGGGGCUUUGAAAAGUAGAGGAAAGACGAAGGUUAGGAGUAGCGUGAUAAUAGGAUGGAGAGGGGAGAAUCCAGAUUUUGAAAGGAGCAACCGUACAUACAUAAUCUCCAUUGCUGACGGCGGCGUUUCCUGAUUGGUAGCGGGGAUAUUCCGGUCCCACUAAUUAAUUGCAUUGCAUUGCUUGACUCUUUCCUCCCUCCCUCACAGAACCGAGCGCUCCGGCGAAGGAACCAAACCCAGCUCAAACGCGCGCGCCUUCUCACUCACCUCCUCGCCAUUAGUUCCGGAAUAGCCCUGGGAUGGAGCUGCCGGUGCUAUUUCGAGCUCCGGCCCCCCCUCCCCCCCUUUCCGCCUCCUGUAAUAAUCAUUUUCUGGCGUUUAAUUUCACCAAGAUGGGGAGGAAAACCGUGUUCUUAAGGAAUAGAGCCACGGUGGAGAGGACUAGCGGCCGUGACGCCGUCGACGCUAGCUCAGCUGCGGAGAUAGAUACUUCUGCCGGAGCUGGAACAGUCUCCCGUGGACCAGCUAUGGAGGUAAUUACACUUGGUCAGAGCUUCCGGGAAGCUGAAUUACCCGUUUGGGAAAAGAUCGGUGCUGUCGUGCGACUCAGCUAUGGAAUAGGGAUAUAUGGUGGGAUGGCUUUAGCUGGAAGAUUUAUAUGUUCGAUGACGGGAAUCGAUAGCACUGGAGGAUUCACUCCAACAUCAGAUGCUAUUGUGGAAGGACUGGAAUAUGCGGUUCCUCCCAUCGCGGCUCUUCUUUUCAUACUAGAUGAUGAGGUUGUGAGGUUAUCGCCCCAUGCCCGUGCCAUUAGAGAGGUUGAAGAUGAGGAGCUACGCAGCUUCUUCUGUGGCAUGUCACCUUGGCAAUUCAUUCUGAUUAUUGCUGCAAGUUCUGUCGGGGAGGAGCUAUUUUACCGAGCUGCUGUCCAGGGAGCUUUGGCUAACCUGUUCCUGAGGAGCACGGAUUUGUUAACGGAUCCUCGUGGAUUGACAUCAUUGACGGGUGUUUUGCCACCGUUUGUUCCGUUUGCUCAAGCAUUUGCUGCCGUUUUGACAGCUGCUCUUACCGGCUAUCUCUAUUACAUUACGUCCUCUCCAAAAGAUCCCAUUUAUGUCAUUGCACCAGUAUUGAAGUCCAGUCGUGAAGAUCUGAAAAAGCUAUUUGCAGCCUGGUACGAGAGGCGACAAAUGAAGAAGAUAUACUCUCCCCUACUAGAGGCAUUUUUAGGACUCUACCUUGGAUUUGAAUGGAUCCAGACAAACAACAUUCUUGUGCCGAUUGUUACACAUGGAAUAUACUCUGCUGUUGUGUUGGGACAUGGAUUAUGGAAGAUCAAUGAUCAUAGGAGAAGGCUACACCAUAGGAUCCAACAACUGAAACAUGGAGGAAAGAGUUCAAGGGAUCAUUGAUCAAAUACUUUCCGUUUAAAGUUUUUUUUUUUGUAAUUACUAGCUUUAUAACACAGAUCCUUGUUCCAAUUAGGGUUUAGUGUGUACUUUAAUAUAUUUUCAUGUAAUUAGGCUAACAUGAAAAUAUUAUGUUCUAGUGUGUGUGUAUAUCAUUGAGUCAUUUUGUAGAAUGUGUAUCUUUGUACUAACUUAAUAAAUUCAUCUCAUUGUGGAGCGUGAUUUUGUUGAGGAUGUGAUGGAAGUCUUUAUGAAGAACAACCGCAUUAUAAACAUUAAAU